AGGUUUGGCUUAAGCGCCAGUCGCUGGCGACGUGCCGCUGAAAUAAUUAAGUUGCCAAUUCCGGGAAGGAGAAAAUCAACAGCCAUCCAGCGGAGUACAGCGACAGGCAGAGGGACAGAUUGCAGCGAGGAGAAGGAACGGGGCUUACAUUUAGCGGCAUAGAUUUUCAAUUAGGCUGUCAUUCGGCGCGCAGCUGGCUUUUCUUUUCAAGUUUCUCCUCAGCGUUUUUAUAUAAAAAUAUGACUGAAAAAGCUAUUCAGUAUCUCAUAUGGCAAAAGUCACAGGUUCGGCGACUUGAAAACUGGGCUUCAUCUUCUGCGAUGUCAUGGCAGCGGCAUCUUGUCGUAUACGUAAUAUGCAGAAUAGCCCCAAGUAUUUGCCGGAUCCGGAGCUGGAGCUACUGCUGCCACUGCUGUUGCACAAUGAAUGCUCAUUCAACAGCCGUUUCCAUCGAGGAGGAUGUGGGUCAGGGCGAGUCCCGAACCCCUACUGAGGAUGUGCGUUCCAAGCUGCGCCAGCUGCAGGGGCAUCAUUUGUGGCUGCGCCACCAGCUGAUGCUGUGGCAGAGACAUAUGCUGACAGAACGACUAUCCGAGCAACGGGACCGCCAUCCGCGGGGGAGCCACAAACGCAAUUUGGGGAUUCCAGAAAACAUUAACAAACCGAAUGUCAAAGUUCCAACCCAUCAAAGAAGUGUCACUGCGAUGAUUGACUUAUUUUAGAUGAAAAUUAAAUAUUAAUUCGAUUAAAACUCCA